AUGGCGGACGCGCCGUCUCCGUCGCCGACGGCGGCCGCCGAUGCGGAGCCGGGGUCCACGUCGACGCCGCUGCUGCUGCGGCGGGGCUCGUACGCGCGGUCCAUGUCGCACGCGCGCGACGAGCUCAGCAGCUUCCGCUCCGGCCUGCGGUGGAUGUGCGUCGACCACUCGGACGCCGGCGCCAGCCCCGCGGUCUCCUGGCUCGUCUUCGCCGCGCUCGGCGUGGCCGUCCCUGCCGCCGCGCACGCGGCCACGCCGCGGCGCGCCUACGACACGCAGAUCGUCCAGCUCGCCGGGUCCUUCCGCCUCCUCGCCUGCUUCGUGCUCCCCUGCUUCCUCGCCGACGCCGCGUACAAGGUCUUCUGGUACUGCGCAGCCCGCCCCUUCCCGCUCUGGUGGUCGGCCGCGGCGUGCGCGCUGGAGAUGGCGUCGUGGAUGUACCGCACCGCCAUGUUCUUCAUGGCCUGCGUGCUGUUCCGCACCAUCUGCUACCUGCAGAUCCUUCGCAUGACGGGGUUCGCGCGGGACUUCGGCCAGUGCGCCGACGUCGCCGCCGUGCUGAGGCAGCACCGGCGCAUACGCGUCCAGCUGCAGCGGAUCAGCCACCGCUACCGAAGGUUCAUACUGUACUCCCUCAUCCUCGUCACCGCCAGCCAGUUCACCGCGCUUCUCGCCGCCACCAGACCCCACGCGCAAGUGAACUUCGCCACCGCCGGCGAGCUCGCGCUCUGCUCCGUGAGCCUCGUCACGGGCCUGCUCGUCUGCCUCCACAGCGCGGCCAAGAUCACGCACAAGACGCAGGCGAUCACCAGCGUCGCCGCGGCGUGGCACGCCGACGCCACCAUCAACAGCCUGGACUGUGACCAGGAGAACCCCAGGACGCCCAGCAAGGCGUGCCUGCAGCAGCAGCACGCGCCCACGAGCCCCUUCCCGAUGGCGGGCGCGUCGUCCGGCGAAGAGUCCGACGACGACGAGUGGCGAAGCGAGGACAGCGUGGACACCUCAAGGUUCACGUCUUUCCACGCCACUAACGUCUCCUUCCAGAAGAGGCAGGCGCUAGUGACGUACUUGGAGAACAACCGGGCGGGGAUCACGGUGUUCGGUUUCGUCGUCGACCGGACAUGGCUGCACGCGCUGUUUAUGAUCGAGUUCUCGCUGGUGAUGUGGCUGCUAGGGAAGACGAUCGGCAUAUCUUGA